GUUGAGUCGGACCUGAACCCCUAAAAGCGGAACUGCCUCCCGCCAUCGCGCCCCGCCACCCUACUGGAGCCGAGUCGCCGGCGGCGGCGGUGGCUGACUGACUGGGAGUUUCCUCUUACACUGGAUGGAGCUGAACUUUGGGCGGCCAGAGGAGCGCGGCGGUCCGGGGAUCGCUGCAUGCUGAGCUCCCUUGGAAAGACCCAGCGGCGGCUCGGGAUUUUUUUGGGUGGGAAGGGGACCAGCUGCGCGCCGGCACCAUGUUCCUGGCGACCCUGUACUUCGUGCUGCCGCUCCUGGACUUGCUCCUGUCGGCCGAGGUGAGCGGCGGGGAUCGCCUGGACUGCGUGAAAGCCAGCGACCAGUGCCUGAAGGAGCAGAGCUGCAGCACCAAGUACCGCACGCUGAGACAGUGCGUGGCGGGCAAGGAGACCAACUUCAGCCUGGCGUCUGGCCUGGAGGCCAAGGACGAGUGCCGCAGCGCCAUGGAGGCCCUGAAGCAGAAGUCGCUGUACAACUGCCGCUGCAAGCGGGGCAUGAAGAAGGAGAAGAACUGCUUGCGCAUUUACUGGAGCAUGUACCAGAGCCUGCAGGGAAAUGAUCUGCUGGAGGAUUCCCCAUAUGAACCAGUUAACAGCAGAUUGUCAGAUAUAUUCCGGGUGGUCCCAUUCAUAUCAGAUGUGUUUCAGCAAGUGGAGCACAUUCCCAAGGGGAACAACUGCCUGGAUGCGGCCAAGGCCUGCAACCUCGACGACACCUGCAAGAAGUACAGGUCGGCGUACAUCACCCCGUGCACCGCCAGCACAUCUAACGAUGUCUGCAAUCGUCGCAAGUGCCACAAGGCCCUUCGGCAGUUCUUCGACAAGGUCCCGGCCAAGCACAGCUAUGGAAUGCUCUUCUGCUCCUGUCGGGAUAUUGCCUGCACGGAGCGGAGGCGGCAGACCAUCGUCCCCGUGUGCUCCUAUGAGGAGAAGGAGAAGCCCAACUGUUUGAAUUUGCAGGACUCCUGCAAGACGAAUUACAUCUGCAGAUCUCGCCUUGCAGAUUUUUUUACCAACUGCCAACCAGAGUCAAGGUCCGUCAGCAGCUGUCUAAAGGAAAACUACGCCGACUGCCUGCUUGCCUACUCGGGGCUUAUUGGCACAGUCAUGACCCCUAACUACGUAGACGCUAGUAGUCUCAGCGUGGCCCCGUGGUGCGACUGCAACAACAGUGGGAACGAUCUGGAAGAGUGCUUGAAAUUCCUGCAUUUCUUCAAGGACAACACGUGUCUUAAAAAUGCAAUUCAAGCCUUUGGCAAUGGCUCCGAUGUGACCGUGUGGCAGCCAGCCCUCCCAGCACAGACCACCACUGCCACCACCACCACAGCCUUCCGGGGCAAGAACCAGCCUCUGGGGCCAGCAGGGUCUGAGAAUGAAAUCCCCACUCAUGUUUUACCACCGUGUGCAAAUUUACAGGCCCAGAAGCUGAAAUCCAACGUGUCAGGCAGUCCGCACCUCUGCCUUUCUGAACGGGAUUAUGAAAAGAAUGGUCUCUCUGGUGCUUCCAGCCACAUAACCACAAAAUCGAUGGCUGCUCCUCCAAGCUGCGGUCUGAGCCCACUGCUGGGUCUGGUGGUAACCGCUCUGUCCACCCUGUUGUCUUUAUCUUUGGCAGAAACAUCGUAGCUGCAUUUAAAAAAAAGAAAGAAAGAAAACAAUAUGGACAUGUAAAAAGACAAAAACCAAGUUAUCUGUUUCCUGUCCUCUUGUAUAUCUGAAAUUCCAGUUUUAGGGGCUCGGUUGAGAAAUGGUUCCAUCCAACUGGAACUUUCUUUUGUUGUUGUUUUUAAGAAAGCUUCUUGUGAUCCGUAUGGGCUUCAGCGGGGAAUCUGAUGCAGGGCUGUGUUCCAGACUCAGGAGGCUUUGAGGCAUGCUGUAUUUCAAAGGGACAGUUUGUAAAUGUGGCCGUAAAGCAGACUAGGGCCAUGUUUUUCAUGGUGAUGACAACCACGAUGAUGAUGAUGAUUUUAACAAUUUUAAUUCUGGCAUUUCCUAGCUAGAGGAGUUAGUAUUGCUAAAGAAAUCUUUCGUAUCUCAUGCAAUGGCUUUGGUUUCCGAUGACAUCCGUGGCAGCCUGACACAGAUGCCAAGCUUUUUUGCCACAAAACGAAAGUUUUCAACAAGAGCAGGACUUCGUGGAAACUGGCUUGUACUAAGGUUCUUCUUUCUCUAUGUACUGGCAUUUUCCACGCUAAUGUUUGUGUCCCGUAAACAGUUCUACACUCUCCUCCAGAACAAAUAAACACCUGUCACAUCCAAAA